GCUUCUUUCAGCAGCAGCAACAAUUAGUCCGCCACCUCGGUAGCUUGCUAGACAAAAUAGCCGAACCCAUAAAGCUCUUUAGACGCUUUAGUGUAUAUUAGCCACUGUGUUUUAAACCCUCUUCUGUCGUCUAGUUAGUUAGUUAUCCUAUUUCAUUUCAUAUUUACGGUGUUGUUAUUAUUCAGCUGGCGGGCUGGUUAAGUUAGCAUUAGCCUAGUUACUUAGCAUCUCCGACCAUGAGUUCACUAAAUUACUCUCUUCCUGCUGAAGAAGAGACGGUCUGCUGGACGGAGAAAGAAGCUCUCAUCAAAGAGGAGGAGGAAGAGAAGGAUGUUACAAUACAAAAACAAGUAGAGGGUGAGGCUGUUACAUGGAAAGAAGAAGAGAAAGACGUUUCAGUGAAAGAAGAGGAAGACGCGUUCAGAGUGAAAGAGGAGGAGGAUGUUACAGUAAAAGAUGAGGAGGAUUCAGUUUUUGAAGUGAAAGCGGAGGAGGGGGAGUUUACGGUCUCAUCGGAAGAAGAGGAGGAAGAAACUGGAUAUCUGGGCCCGAUUUCCCAAACGCAAUUUAAGGCAUCCAGUGGUUCUAAAGAUGAACUUAGCCAUAAGAUGGUUUUGAGAAACCGGGCCGUGAUUACCACUGGAGAGAUACGGGACAGUCGUGGAUCCUCUGGGGAGCCUCAACAACCUCACGAUGCUGACGAGGCAGAGAAGAGUCUCUCCAGAUCAGAACGCCUCAAUAAACACCUGCAGAGAUCCACAGGGAAGAGAACUCACUGCUGCUCUGACUGUGGGAAGAGAUUCACCUCAUCAGGCAUUAAAAUUCAUCAAAGGAUCCACACAGGAGAGAAACAUUAUAGCUGUGAUCAAUGUGGGAAGAGUUUUACUACAUUUGACUCUCUGACAGUACACCAGAAAAUACACACAGGAGAGAAACCUUAUAGCUGUGAUCAAUGUGGGAAGAGUUUUACUACAUUUGACUCUCUGACAGUACAUCAGAAAAUACACACAGGAAAGAAACCUUAUAGCUGUGUUCAAUGUGGGAUGAGUUUUAAAGCAUCUAGCAAUCUGACUACACACCAGAGAACACACACAGGAGAGAAACCUUAUAGCUGUGAUCAAUGUGGGAAGAGUUUUACUACAUUUGACUCUCUGACAGUACACCAGAAAAUACACACAGGAGAGAAACCUUAUAGCUGUGUUCAAUGUGGGAAGAGUUUUACUGCAUCUAGCAAUCUGACUACACACCAGAGAACACACACAGGACAGAAACCUUAUAGCUGUGAUCAAUGUGGGAAGAGUUUUACUACAUCUAGCUGUCUGACAGUACACCAGAGACUACACACAGGAGAGAAACCUUAUAGCUGUGUUCAAUGUGGGAAGAGUUUUACUGCAUCUGGCAAUCUGACUACACACCAGAGAACACACACAGGAGAGAAUCCUUAUAGCUGUGAUCAAUGUGGGAAGAGUUUUGUUACAUCUAGAAAUCUGACUAUACACCAGAGAACACACUCAGGAGAGAAACUAUAUAUAUGUGAUGAAUGUGGGAAGAGUUUUACUACUUCUGGCCAUCUGACUAUACACCAGAGAACACACACAGGAGAGAAACCUUAUAGCUGUGGUCAAUGUGGGAAGAGUUUUUGUCAAUCUGGUGAUCUGACAGUGCACCAGAGAACACACACAGGGGAGAAACCUUAUAGCUGUGUUCAAUGUGGGAAGAGUUUUACUGCAUCUAGCAAUCUGACUAUACACCAGAGAACACACACAUUAGAGAAACCUUAUAGCUGUGGUCAAUGUGGGAAGAGUUUUUGUCAAUCUAGUAGACUGACAGUGCACCAGAGAACACACACAGGGGAGAAAUCUUAUAGCUGUAAUCAUUGCGGGAAGAGUUUUGUUACAUCUAGCUAUCUGACUAUACACCAGAGAACACACACAGGAGAGAAAUCUUAUAGCUGUAAUCAAUGUGUGAAGAGUUUUGUUACAUCUGGGCAGCUGAAUGUACACCAGAGAACACACACAUAAUAUAAAUCUUAUAGCUGUGAUCAAUGUGGGAAGAGUUUUACUCAGUCAAACAACACCAGAGAACACACACAGGAGAGAAAUCUCUUAGCUGUGACCAGAGGUAAUCUGAUAAAAGAUCUCUGACUAAACAUCAGAAAAUACAUUAAGCAGUUGUUUCGUGAUAUCAAUUAAUUAAUUUAACAUUGUAGUAGGAGUAUUUUAAUGAUGUCACAAUGUAGAAUGUUUUAACAUUGUAGUAGGAUUAUUUUAAUGAUGUCACAAUGUAGAAUGUUUUAACAUUGUAGUAGGAGUAUUUUAAUGAUGUCACAAUGUAGAACCCAAAACGUUUGUCCCCUGUUCUAUUGAUUUCAACAUGAUAUGGAUAUUAGCCUCAGGGGGAAAAUCCAGGCUCUGAAUUGGAAGAGUACUAUUUAUGAGAUUUAGUAAGGACACAUUAUUCCCAGAUUCCGUGUGGUUUUUGAGCUGUUAGUUUUAACAGGACGUGCAACCUCAUCUCCUUCCUGUCGCACAAAUGAUUUUAGCAUGAAAUUGAUUAGUUAUGACAAAUAAGUGUUGCGUUCCUUUGUUUAGCGACCCCUACAUUUAAAUGCAUUCCAACAUCACAUUCAACCUGAUUUCCCCCCUAAUUGAUAUCAGUGAUUUAUUGCUACUUGUCAAAACAACUUUUCUGGAAAUAUGAUUAUUGUGGCAGAUGUUUGUGUAAAUAGCACAUGUUAUGUUUAGGUUUUCAAUUUAUCCCAAACUGUUUCUACAUAUUGGUUAUUGAUUUGGACAUCCCAGGCUAUCCCACCUAGCACAAUGUAAUUGAAAAGUCGUUGAAAAUAAGACUAUGCAAUCAAAAAAAAAAUGUAUAUAUUUUUUUAUUAUACCAUGCCUUACCAUUAAGUUAAUUAUUGACAAUACAUAUUAACAAAGGGGUGUCCAUUUGGUUUUGAUCAUUCAUAUUUACAAUUCAUGUAACUUUUAGUAAUCAUAAUUAUUUAUGCAAUCAACUGACAAUUUACGGGUAUAAUUAUAUUGACAUUGUUGCCCUUUAGAAUAGCAGGUUUAAUUCUCAAAUGUGCCAACCCAAAUGUACUAGAGCAUGACAUUGGAGACUGGGCCCCGAUCCAACAACAUGCCUAUCGAGUGAACUCUGAAAAGAGAGAGAAGCUCCGCAGUGAUUUGGAAAGUUACUAUGGUUAUUGCAGGAGUUGCCUCUUGAAAUCAGACAUGUCUGUGGUAAGAACAACUUGGUCGCUCAUUGUUUCAAGGGUGGGCAGUCAUAGUUUUGCGUUUAGCCAUUGCGUUGCCAUGGAUCACAAUUUAUUUUGACUGCACAGUUUUCCGUAUUGGAGAUGAGUUUUGUUUGCGCUCGUUCCAAGGGGACGAGAGUUCUAAAAGCUAGUGAGUUUUAGGAAGACGAGAGUUCUAGAAGCUAGUGGAUUCUAUAGAAAGAAAAAGGAGAAAAAAUUAUUUCAAAAUAAAUGUUUUUUCUUGUUUUUAGAUGUUGACAGCCAGUAGACACCAUGUUUAUAUUGUAGAAGGUGAAGCAUUGUAGUUGAUUAUAAUGUGAAAUGGAAGUUGUUUUCUGUUGGUGGUGAGCAAACUUGUCCAACAAAAAUAUAGGAUUUAUGUGUUGUCUUAGGGGGAAGGUGUUACAGGCUUUGGUUUUUCCAUUUAUGUUUUGAGGUUGGACUUUGGCACGUCUAGCUCGUCGGCACGUCUAGCUCGUCGGCACGUCUAGCUCGUCGGCACGUCUAGCUCGUCGGCACGUCUAGCUCGUCGGCACGUCUAGCUCGUCGGCACGUCUAGCUCGUCGGCACGUCUAGCUCGUCGGCACGUCUAGCUCGUCGGCACGUCUAGCUCGUCGGCACGUCUAGCUCGUCGGCACAUAUAGCUCGUCAGCACGUAUGACGCACUGAUUGGUGUCACCUCGUUAGUCAGUAUGUGUUACACCUGUGCUGGCUUGUCCAUCUCGUUAGUGGGAAGGUGUUUCACCUGAGCUGGUCCAGGUUCUAGUUAAGAGCGUCUGGCCCAGUGCUCCAGUUGUCUUGAUAGAUGUGGAGAGUCAACACCUUUAGUUGCUCCACCUUUUUGGUUUGCUUCCUGUCUUUAAGUUUGGUGUGGGUUUUUCUUUUGUUUGCUUCUUCUUGGGCAGAUUUAGUGGGUCUCAUGAUGGGUGUCUUUUAGGUCCCAGUUGUUGUUACCAGUCAACUUUCAGUGGACACCCCCAUAGUGUCUUUCAGAGCCCCUCCUAAAAAACAAGCUUAUAUUUUGGGUUGGAUAUUUUAACAUUUUAAUCAAUGGCAUUUCCCUAGGAUGCUCAUUAGUCUUUAAGUUGUAAUUAUUGUUUUUUUAUCCUUUUAUGUUUGUUUACUAAAUAUUUCUGUUUUUUCCUGUGAAGCCAUUGUGUUGCAUGUCUGAAAUGUGCUGUAUAAAUAAAGCUUGAUUUGAUUUGAACAUAUUGCAAAACAAA